AUGGAUAGACAACUUAAAUUAGACACUUAAUUGAACAAGACAGCUUUUGAUUUUGUUACCUACACUACAGUUGGAUACUUUGUAGGAGUUGGUGCUUCUGUAUUUUUCAAGAGAAAAGCAUUUAUACGUAAUUUGAGUGCAGGUCUCUUUGCUGGAUUUGCUUUCAAUGAAAAUCAAGAGGCCUUUAACAGACAGCUCUGA